AUUUAACCCAGAGACUGACUCCACUAUAGAAACACCCACAGUUCUAUCAAUGACUGGGGAAAGAUAGAGGCAAUAGGCAAAGGAAAAACAGCUCUGAUAUACUAAAGACAAUGAGUAUGCUAAAACCAAGCGGCCUUAAGGCCCCUACGAAGAUCCUUAAGCCUGGAAGCACAGCCUUGAAGACACCUGCUUCUGUUGCAGCUCCAAUAGAAAAAACAAUAUCCAGUGAAAAAGCAUCAAGCACUCCGUCUGCUGAGACACAAGAGGAGUUUGUGGAUGAUUUUCGAGUUGGGGAGCGAGUUUGGGUGAAUGGGAAUAAGCCUGGAUUUAUCCAGUUCCUGGGAGAAACCCAGUUUGCACCAGGCCAAUGGGCCGGGAUCGUUUUAGAUGAACCCAUCGGCAAGAACGAUGGUUCAGUGGCAGGAAUUCGGUAUUUCCAGUGUGAGCCUUUAAAGGGCAUAUUCACCCGACCUUCAAAGUUGACGAGGAAGGUGCAGGCAGAAGAUGAAGCCGACGGCCUGCAGACAACUCAUGCUUCCAGAGCGACUUCGCCUCUGUCCACUUCGACAGCCAGCAUGGUGUCCUCUUCCCCAGCCACCCCCUCAAGUAUUCCCCAUAAAUCACCCCAGCCAACCGCAAAGGAACCUUCAGCUACGUCUCAGAUCAGCAACCUUACAAAAACCACCAGUGAAUCUAUUUCCAACCUUUCGGAGGCUGGCUCAAUCAAGAAAGGAGAAAGAGAGCUCAAAAUUGGAGACCGAGUAUUGGUUGGUGGCACGAAGGCUGGCGUCGUCCGGUUUCUUGGGGAGACAGACUUCGCCAAGGGGGAAUGGUGUGGUGUGGAGUUGGAUGAGCCUCUUGGGAAGAACGAUGGGGCUGUCGCUGGAACGAGGUAUUUUCAGUGUCAACCCAAAUAUGGCCUGUUUGCUCCUGUCCACAAAGUGACCAAGAUUGGCUUCCCUUCCACCACACCAGCCAAAGCCAAGGCCGCUGCGGUGAGGCGGGUGAUGGCGACCACACCCGCCAACCUGACGCGCAGCCCUUCUGCCUCUUCUCUCAGCUCCAUGAGCUCUGUGGCCUCCUCUGUGAGCAGCAAGCCGAGUCGGACAGGAUUGUUGACCGAAACCUCCUCCCGUUACGCCAGGAAGAUCUCCGGCACCACUGCCCUCCAGGAGGCCCUGAAGGAGAAGCAGCAGCACAUUGAGCAGCUGCUGGCUGAACGGGAUCUAGAGAGGGCGGAGGUGGCCAAGGCCACGAGCCACGUGGGGGAGAUAGAGCAGGAGCUAGCUCUGGCCCGGGACGGACACGACCAGCAUGUCCUGGAAUUGGAGGCCAAGAUGGACCAGCUGCGAGCAAUGGUGGAAGCUGCUGACAGGGAGAAGGUGGAGCUUCUCAACCAACUUGAAGAGGAGAGAAGGAAAGUUGAGGACCUUCAGUUCCGGGUUGAAGAAGAAUCCAUUACUAAGGGCGAUCUUGAGGUGGCCACAGUGUCAGAAAAGUCCCGCAUAAUGGAACUAGAAAAAGACCUAGCGUUCAGAAUGCAGGAAGUAGCUGAGCUGCGAAGGAGGCUGGAGUCCAGUAAGCCUGCUGGGGAUGUUGACAUGUCACUCUCCCUUUUACAAGAGAUAAGCGCUUUGCAAGAAAAGUUAGAAGCCACCCAUACUGACCAUCAGAAAGAAAUCACUUCUCUGAAGGAGCAUUUUGGAGCCCGGGAAGAAACGCAUCAGAAGGAGAUAAAGGCUCUUCAGGCCACCACAGAGAAGCUUUCCAAAGAGAACGAGUCACUGAAAAGCAAGCUUGAUCACGCCAACAAGGAGAAUUCGGAUGUGAUAGCUCUGUGGAAAUCGAAGCUGGAGACCGCCAUCGCAUCCCACCAGCAGGCGAUGGAGGAGCUGAAGGUGUCCUUCAGCAAGGGGGUUGGCACGGAGAUGGCAGAAUUUGCCGAGUUAAAGACGCAAAUAGAGAAAAUGAGACUAGAUUACCAGCACGAAAUAGAAAAUUUGCAGAAUAAACAAGACUUGGAAAGGUCUGCUCACACUAAAGAGCUCGAAGCCCUAAGGGCUAAACUGAUGAAAGUCAUUAAAGAGAAAGAGAACAGUCUGGAAGCCAUCAAGUCGAAGUUGGACAAAGCGGAAGACCAGCAUCUAGUAGAAAUGGAGGACACCUUAAACAAAUUGCAGGAAGCUGAGCUAAAGGUAAAGGAGCUAGAGGUACUACAAGCCAAAUGCAAUGAACAAACCAAGGUUAUUGAUAAUUUUACAUCACAGCUCAAGGCUGCCGAAGAAAAGCUCUUGGAUCUUGAUGCUCUUCGGAAAGCCAGUUCCGAAGGUAAAUCGGAAAUCGAGACCCUUAGACAGCAGCUUGAGGCAGCUGAGAAACAGAUUAAAAAUUUAGAGAUCGAAAAGAAUGCUGAAAGUGGCAAGGCUAGUAGCAUCACCAAAGAGCUGCAGGGAAAAGAGCUAAUGCUUAAUAAACUUCAGGAACACUUGAGUGAAGUCAGUCAAGUGAAAGAGGCUUUGGAAAAAGAACUUCAGAUUUUGAAAGAAAAUUUUGCUGAUGCUUCAGAGCAGGCAGUCUCUGUUCAGAGAAGUAUGCAAGAAACUGUAAAUAAAUUACACCAAAAAGAGGAACAGUUUAAUGUGCUGUCUUCUGAAUUGGAGAAGUUGAGAGAAAAUUUAACAGAUAUGGAGGCAAAAUUUAGAGAGAGAGAUGAAAGGGAAGAGCAGUUGAUAAAGGCGAAGGAAAAACUGGAAAACGACAUUGCAGUAAUAAUGAAAAUGUCAGGAGAUAGUUCUUCUCAGCUGACAAAAAUGAAUGAUGAAUUACGUCUGAAAGAAAGAAACGUAGAGGAAUUGCAGCUAAGACUUAGCAAGGCUAAUGAAAACGCAAGUCUUCUGCAGGAAAGCAUCGGGGACGUAACUCUCAAAGCUGCGCAGAGCCAGCAAGAAGCAGCCAGAAAGCAUGAGGAAGAAAAGAAAGAACUGCUGAAAAAAUUGUCAGACCUGGAAAGGAAAAUGCAGAUGAGCCACAACGAGUGUCAAGAGCUGAAAGGCAGGUAUGAAGAAGCCAGUUCUGAGACACAGGCCAAGCAUGAAGAAGUUCUGCAGAACCUCCAGAAGAUGCUGUUGGACACAGGGGAGCUGCUGAAGGCCUCACAGAAGGAGAACAGUGACUUGCUGCAGGAGAUGGAGGAGCUGAGAAGGCAAGCCGACAAAGCCAGAUCGCUAACUUACUUAUUAACAACAGCCAAAAAAGAAAUUGAACUAAUUUCAGAAGAGCUGAGGGGUCUGAAAUCAGAGAAGCAGCUUCUUGCACAGGAGGGAAAUGCUUUAAAGUUAGAAAAAGGUUCACUUUUGUCGAAACUUGUAGAGGUGGAGGCCAAAAUAACUUUACUUCAGGAAGACCAACAGAAGCUAUGGUCAGUAAACAAAACUCUUAAUUUAGAAAAGGAGAAAGUCUUAAAAGAAAAGCAAGAUGCUGAAAAGCUUUAUCAGCAGGAACAGCUCAAUAAAGCAGCUUUGGCUGUUGAGAGAGAUAAAUUACUUAAAGAAAUCAAUAACGCUCAGGAAGAACUCUUGAAGAUAAAUAUGGAAAAUGAGUCUUUGCAGGCUUCCAAAGCAAGCUUGCAGGCACUCACAGAGGAACUCCAGUUCAGCCAAGAUAUUUUGAUGGCUGAGUCUAAGAAGAAUCUGGAAGAAAAAGAUCACCUGGAGGAUCAUAUCAAGAAGCUUGUAACUGAAAACCUUGCGUUGGCUGAAGAUAAAGAUGAAAUUAUUCAGAAGCUUCAGAACUCCUAUGAGGAGCUAGUCAAAGAUCAGAAAAGCUUGGUGCAGGAGAUGGAAAAUCUCACAACUGAGAAAAAGUCAGCUUUGGAGAAACAGUCAGGUCUUGAAAACAUGUGCAUAGCCUUAAAGGUCGAAAGAGACCAUCUCCUCCAAAACAGCAAAGAUCUGCAGUUUGAGAAGGACAUGCUGCUUCAAGAUCAGGAAAAGCUGAAUGCCAGCCUGGAGGCUGCCCUCCAGGUCAAACACCUGCUCAGCACGGAAGCCAGUGGGCUCCGCGCGCAGCUGCAGGAGGCCAGCAAAGCUCUGAGGGAGGCCGAGCUGGAGACUCUGCAACUUCAGGCCACAAACACAAGCCUCACCAAGCUGCUGGAAGAAAUUAAGACCAGUCGGGAGAUCAGAGACUCCGAGUGCAUCCAGCUUCUGCAUGAAAAAGAAACCUUGGCCUCGUCUGAGAGAAGGCUCUUGGCCAAAAAAGAAGAACUUCUAAAUGAAAAUAGGCUCAUCACUGAAAAACUCAACAAAUGCUCGGAAGAGGCUGCCCACAUCGAGAUGAACCUGAACGAGAAGAUCACUUACCUAACUUCUGAGAAGGAGAUGGUUUGUCAGAAAAUCACUAAGCUCAAAAAGCAGCAGGAUAGGCUCUUGAAAGAAAAAUCUGUACUGGAAAUGCAAAAUACAGAUUUACUUGCAGAAAGAGAGAAUUCCAUCAAAGCCGUAGAAGACCUUAAAAAGAAAUACGAUCAAGAGUCUGCAAACAGAAGAAUCAUUGUGCACGAGAAGAUGAAACUGCUCAGUAAUCUUGAUGCUCUGAAGAGAGAGCUUCAAGAGAGAAAAAAGGAAAACCAAGAACUCGCAGCCACCAAGUGUGAUCUCACUUUGAUGCUGAAAGAGGCUCAAAAUGCCAAAAAGACUCUAGAAAAAGAACAUGCUAAUGUACUGCAAGCAAAGGAGAGUUUGAACGCUGAACUCGAGGCUUGUUGUUCUGAAAAGAACAUCUUGCUGAAGGAUGGGUUGAACCUGCAAGAAGAAUGUCAGAAGUUAAAUGAGAAGAUCCACAUGAUGCAGCAGUCCCUAAUCCUGGAGAAAGAAGCCAGGACCCAGGACAAAGAGUCAUCCUUGUAUGAAAACAGCAAACUCCACGGGAGAGUGGUGCUCCUGGAGCAGGAGGUGGAGGAGCUGAGAGUGUGCACCAAGGAGCUCCAGUCCGAGAACUUUGUGCUAGUCCAAGACAAGACCAGCUCAGAGCAGAAAGUGGCGGAGAUUGUUAAGGAGAAGGAACUCUUGAGUGCAGAGACGGCUCAACUGGCCACCAACAUAGAGACUCUGAAGAGCGAUUUUGCUGCCUUGUCCAAAUCCAAGCUGGAACUGCAGGAGCUGCACAGCUACCUCACCAAGAUGCUGGAUGACCUGCGGCUGAACCACGAGGUGACCCUGGCCGAGCAGGCCAGGGUGAUGCAGGACAACAAGAACCUCCUGGCUGAGAAAAGAGAGAUGAUGCUGGAAAAGGACGAGCUCCUGAAGGAGAAGGAGAAGCUGGCCGAAAGCUACUUCGUCCUUCAGAAAGAGAUCAGCCAGUUGGCCAAAACCAACAGCCAUGUCUCAGUCAACCUCCUAGAAUCUCAAAAUGAAAACCGUAUUUUGAGGAAAGACAAGAGCAAGCUCACUCUUAAAAUUAGAGAGCUCGAGACUCUGCAGUCCUUUACGGCUGCUCAAACAGCAGAAGAUGCCAUGCAGAUAAUGGAACAGAUGACCAAAGAGAAGACAGAAACUCUGGCCUCCUUGGAGGAUUCCAAGCAAACAAAUGAAAAACUGCAGAACGAAUUGGAUACACUUAAAGAAAACAACUUGAAAAAUAUGGAAGAGCUGAACAAAUCAAAAGAACUUCUGACUGUAGAGAACCAAAAAAUGGAAGAAUUCAAGAAAGAAAUAGAAACCCUAAAGCAGGCAGCAGCUCAGAAGUCCCAGCAGCUUUCAGCACUGCAGGAAGAGAACGUGAAACUUGCCGAGGAGCUGGGGAGAAGCAGGGACGAAGUCACAGGUCAUCAAAAGCUGGAAGAAGAGAGAUCUGUGCUCAAUAAUCAGUUGUUAGAAAUGAAAAAGAGAGAAUCCAAGCUAAUAAAAGACGCAGAUGAAGAAAAAGCUUCCUUGCAGAAAUCCAUCAGUAUUACUAGUGCCUUACUCACAGAAAAGGAUGCAGAGCUGGAAAAGCUGAGGAAUGAGGUCACAGCGCUCAGGGGAGAGAACGCCUCCGCCAAGUCCUUGCGCGCAGUCGUUCAGUCUCUAGAGUCCGACAAGGCGAAGCUUGAGCUCAAGGUAAAGAACUUGGAGCUUCAACUCAAAGAAAACAAGAGGCAGCUCAGCAGCUCGUCAGGUAAUACUGAUACUCAGGCAGAAGAGGAUGAAAGAGCCCAGGAGAGUCAGAUUGAUUUCCUAAAUUCAGUAAUAGUGGACCUUCAGAGGAAGAAUCAGGAUCUCAAGAUGAAGGUGGAGAUGAUGUCGGAAGCAGCCCUGAAUGGGAACGGUGACGACAUGAACAAUUACGACAGUGAUGACCAGGAGAAACAGUCCAAGAAGAAACCUCGCCUCUUCUGUGACAUAUGUGACUGCUUUGAUCUCCACGACACAGAGGAUUGUCCUACCCAGGCACAGAUGUCUGAGGACCCCCCCCAUUCCACACACCACGGCAGUCGCAGCGAGGAACGCCCCUACUGUGAAAUCUGUGAGAUGUUCGGGCACUGGGCGACCAACUGCAAUGACGACGAGACUUUCUGAUGAAGCCUCACAGCCAGAACUGGGCUUUCUCAGGUGCACUGGCGUUUAGGCAACUGACCACCAGCAUUGUGUGCGCAGACUUCAGGAGGACUCAUGUUAUUUUUGACCCUCAUCAACAAAUCUAAGAAAAUAUUUUGAUCUUCAACAAGUCUCCCUUUUAGUCUCCCCUUAUAAGUUUAUCAGUUAGAAUAAUAAAUAGGUGAGUUUUCACCUCUGAUUUUGUCUCCUUGAUUUUUAAAAAGUAUUAACAAGACAUUGCACCAGAUGCCAUUACAUUAAUUGUCCCUAGGGAGACCUCAGAGAACGACUCCUACCCUCACAAUACCUUAUUUAAGUAACUUUAAAUUAUGCUGUUACUUUUCAUAUUUGCACUAAAAUAUCUCCAGGCUGCGUUUGUAUAUUUAGAUGUUUUGGUUAAACUUUGACACUGGAAUGAGUUGAAAAAAUGUGCCACUUUGCAUAUUCAUCUACUCAUUUAAAGUAUUUUAUACUUAAAGAAAUAUCUGAGCUCUUUGCACUACCUGAUGUCAGUAGUGCCUUUAUUUGAGGCUUGAUGAUACUUAGGUGUGAUUAUAAAAUCAUGAAACAGGUAAAGGGAGGGGGAAGCCCCCAGACUGCUGUGGGGACAUUUUAUAAUCUCUAUGCUGCACCUACUUACUCUUCUAUGGUGUUUUGUUUAUUGGUUUUGCAUAAUUUCAGCUUCUAUAUAUUAUAUGUAUAUAUUUUUGUAAAAUCUCUAUUUUGGGAAAAAACAUAUACAAUGUGUCUUUCUUUUCAGAUUUUUACCUUUUUGAAAAAGAAAACACUUAAAAUGUUCAUCAGGACCUAAUGGACUAGGCCAGAAAUAGCAUCAUGUGGCUUUGCAGCUCUUUGUUCUUUGUGUUUUCAUUUUAUUUCUUUAUCAGAUAUAAAUAACGGGGAGAAUUUUCUCCAGAUUUUUUUUUCCUUCUCCAGCAGAUAUCCCCAGCAGUCAGUUAAUUAGAUAAUAAGCCACUAUAAAACACCUAAAUUAACCAAUCUACAAUCUUUACAAGUUUUUUUUUUACUGUGUUUUUAGAUGAAUGUACGAUGAGAAAUUCAACAUUAAUAAUUUUGGAUUUUCUUAUCACAAAAAAUAAACUGAAGGACCUCAACCACAAGAAGUUUAUCAACCAGUUUGAAUCUAUUUAUCUUCAUUUGAAUGUCUCCUAGAAUAUGUAAAAAGUAAUAAAUAAAUGUAUCUUCCAUGAGACAUGUAUAAUAACUUCUAUAAUUGUAUAUAUGCCUUUGAUGUAUUUUCCUCUCAAGAUUAUCAACUAUGUGUUUGACAAGUGAAAAAUCUGUAGUCAGUUGAAAUUUGGGGUUAUAAACAUAUUAUAAUAGGAACUGUUUCACAAACACAAUAUGUAAAGCAAUAUUAAAAUCUGAGCAAACAAGUGUUCUGUAUCUACUUUAAUAAAUGGUUAUUCUUUU